ACACGGUGCACCGGCUGGGGCAGGGCUGCGUGCAGUCAGUGUGAGCGCUCCGCUUUCGGCGUCUGCAGAAGCCUCCCGACUGCAUGGAUUUGGCUGGCUGAUUCGCCGAGGUGACUGCCCGGGAAGACUGGCGAGCCUGAUCCGCACUCCAGCUGCUGUGACAACUUCGGGGCUGGCUGUUUACUUCUUUGGGGGCCCGGGACUCUGUUGGGCACCGCAGUCGCUCCUGCCACUGGCCGGGCUCUGAAGUCGGCCGCGAGGACUCCUCUGACGGCAUCCCCAGGAAAGGGGAGGGGGGAGCAAGGAGGGGUUAAAAGACAGCAGAAACCCCCCCAGCUGCUCAGCCUCCCGUGACUGCCUGUGUUCUGGGGUUCUGAGAGGGACCGCGCGCUGCCCGGGGAAGCAAUGCAAGUCUCCAUAGCCUGCACAGAGCACAAUUUGAAGAGCCGGAAUGGUGAGGACCGACUUCUGAGCAAGCAGAGCUCGACCGCCCCCAAUGUGGUGAACGCAGCCCGGGCCAAAUUCCGCACGGUUGCUAUCAUCGCGCGCAGCCUGGGGACCUUCACCCCUCAGCAUCACAUUUCUCUCAAAGAGUCCACCGCAAAGCAGACUGGCAUGAAAUAUAGGAAUCUUGGAAAAUCAGGACUCAGAGUUUCUUGCUUGGGUCUUGGAACAUGGGUGACAUUUGGAGGUCAAAUCUCAGAUGAGGUUGCUGAACGGCUGAUGACGAUUGCCUACGAAAGUGGAGUGAAUCUCUUUGAUACUGCUGAAGUCUAUGCUGCUGGAAAGGCUGAAGUGAUUCUGGGGAGCAUCAUCAAGAAGAAAGGCUGGAGGAGGUCCAGCCUGGUCAUAACAACCAAACUCUACUGGGGUGGAAAAGCUGAAACGGAAAGAGGGUUGUCAAGAAAACAUAUUAUUGAAGGAUUGAAGGGCUCCCUCCAGAGGCUACAGCUCGAGUACGUGGAUGUGGUCUUUGCCAAUCGACCGGACAGCAACACCCCCAUGGAAGAAAUUGUUCGAGCCAUGACACAUGUGAUAAACCAAGGAAUGGCGAUGUAUUGGGGGACCUCUCGGUGGAGUGCUAUGGAGAUCAUGGAAGCCUAUUCCGUAGCAAGGCAGUUCAAUAUGAUCCCACCGGUCUGUGAACAAGCUGAGUACCAUCUUUUUCAGAGAGAGAAAGUGGAGGUGCAGCUACCAGAGCUCUACCAUAAAAUAGGAGUUGGAGCAAUGACAUGGUCUCCACUUGCCUGUGGAAUCAUCUCAGGAAAAUAUGGAAACGGAGUGCCUGAAAGUUCUAGGGCUUCACUGAAGUGCUACCAGUGGCUGAAGGAAAGAAUUGUAAGUGAAGAAGGCCGAAAGCAGCAGAACAAGCUCAAAGACCUUUCCCCAAUUGCUGAGCGUCUGGGAUGCACACUACCUCAGCUAGCUGUCGCAUGGUGCCUGAGAAAUGAGGGUGUGAGUUCCGUGCUUCUGGGAUCCUCCACUCCGGAACAACUCAUUGAAAAUCUCGGUGCCAUUCAGGUUCUCCCAAAGAUGACAUCACACGUGGUAAAUGAGAUUGAUAACAUAUUACGAAACAAGCCCUACAGCAAAAAAGACUACCGAUCGUAAGGCAGUGCGUGAGCCGCAGGACGUGCAGGGUUCAAACUGUGGUCUCUGCUGGUAUAGAAUGGUGUCACUUGCCAGUCUCUUGAGUCACUUAGCAGCCUGCUGCUCAACCUCUAGUAUUCCCGGAUUCUGAGGUAUCUGCUGUCGCUCCCACUGUGCACCUGAAUCACGAGCACAUCUGAAAACUCACUACCAAGGAAAUCCAUUCUAUUUUCUUAUCUUGGACUGGAGUCACCUAUUCCUUGCAUUGCUCUGUGCACCUCAUGCUUAUGCCACAGGAAGUGUAUGCGGGGAGGACAGAUUACCUUCAGGCAUUUAGUAACUUAAAGAAGGCUGUACAGAUGUAUUUUUUCAAACGCAUAAAAUCCACAGCUGCAAUGUGGAUUGCAUCAGAAAGAGUAGGCUACGUUCGCUCAGAAGUUGUGGAAGAAUUAAGCAGAAACAACUUCACAUUGCUUUUUUCUAUUUCCACAUUAAGGUUAGCAAGAGUUGUUUCACUUGUUAUUCAACCAAACUAAAACUUCAAGGUAUGUGCUUUCAUUACCUUGUAAAAAUAUUCACCGUUGCUUGGCCCCAAGAAUGCCCUGUAUUGUAAUUUACCCGCAAUAUCUAUUAGGAAUCUAUUAACAGUGUCCAUUCACACACAGAUACGGUGAGAGGAUGAACACCUAAUCUUUCACUUGAGACAUGAUGCCUAAUUUAUGAAAGGGAGGAUUACACUGCUAUGGAAGCUUAGGCUUUGGAUAAAAUGUAAUAUAUGUGCAACUGAAGUGUUCAUUUUUGACUACAUUUUAUUAAAAUCUGCUUUAUACUUUUGCCUGCUUGUAGGCACAGCUUCUGCAAGUUUAAAUAUUUGAGCUUUAAAAAUAAAUAUACACAUGCUCAGUUUUGUAAGUAAACCUGUAAAAUACCCACAAAGGCAAAUGUUUGCUGUCUAAUUAGCACUGGGACUUUACAAUAUGAUGCCUGUUUUUGAGGAAUUAACAUGAAAGUGAAUCAAGGACUUUGUGAAAAAUGCUGUCACUGUUCAGCAUAUGCUAGGUCAAUUAACGUGCCUAGUAACAUUAAAAGCAAAUGUUACAAAAUUUCCUGAUUCUAUAACCACAUUAUAUGCACUAAACUAAAUGCAUGAAAGCUCUUUGCAUGGAUUAAAAGGGUUGCACACAGAAGCAGAGGGCUAACCUUGCCACUACUAACUGGUUACCUACCCUCAUGAAUAUUCCACCUGAAAAAAACUGUGACAAUAUACUGUGUGUAUCUAAAAGGAGGGAAAACAUGGGAGCGUGGGGGGGGGGGGGGUUCUAUCUUUCUAUUUGGAUAUCUGAGCAUGUACAAAAUUCUGAUUUUCUGGCUAGCCAAGUGCCCCAUAUAGAAAUCACUUUGAGAUUUAAAGAAAAAGACUAUCAGCUUAAAAUGCUAUUUUCUGCCACCAUUUCCAAAUACGUAUUUCAUGAUUAAAUUCUAAAUCUUAAAGCGUUAGUGUGAAAUACCAAUAAAUUUUCUUUUUUGUUACUACUGCCUGUAUUCUAAUAAGGAAACAGUUUGGGAUUUUUACCCAGGAGUACCAGAUGAAUGAUGGAUCAUCCUUCAGUUCUUCAUUGUGUAUUAAAACAGUGAACUACUGUAUGCAUAAUGAAGUUGUCUAAAUGGAAAUGCAAUUUAACUUAUUUGCUUAGAAUAAUAAAAGCAUUUUGUGCAUUUAAUCUCAA